UGUUAAACUGCUGGGCUGGGUCCACCUGGGCACUUCAGGGAUUUCUGGUCCCAGCUGGCUUCCCAAUUUAAAAGGACUAGGCUAAGAGCCUAGCAAGAGAGCAGGAUGGGUGUUGUGGAGUGGUCUUGGGCUGUAUCAGGAGCUGUGCUCUUCUGGUUCCCUGGCUUUGGGGGGCUCAAUGUCAGUGUUUUUUCUGAUCCUACCCUGCUGACUUGUGGCCAAAAAAGCUUUCAAGUCACCUUACCACCAGGCUCAGAAGGGAAUGCUUCAUUUGUGCUGACUACAUGGGGUACUGAAGGGAAGGCACAUGUUCUGCAGAAUGUCUCUGGCUGUGGGCUCUUGGUAUCUGGGACUCCAGAUGGCUCCAGGAAAGUAUCAGUCUCUCAUGCAUGCUGUUAUGUCACUGAGUGGGAUCACAGUUACCUUAUACUGGUUGGGCUUGAAGGAAGAGAUGCUGCUGGCAAAAAGAUUCUUCAUGAAGAGACACUGCUCAUGUGCCCUGCAGACCUUCCUGCCCUGGAUGCUCCAAGCAGCGGUGUCUGUCUGGCCAUUCCCAGCCAGGACCGGCUGCCGUGUGCCUCCCCUCCCAUCAACCAGGGAGACUGUGAGGCACAAGGCUGUUGCUAUGACCCCAGAGACAGGGUGAAGCCUUGCUUUGGUAACACAGUGACAGCUCAUUGCACAUCAGAAGGCCAGUUGUCCAUUGCUGUUUCUUGGGGUUUCACCCUGCCCCCUGUUAUCCUGGACUUAGUGCCACUGGCCAGUGGACACAGUACUGGCUGUGUCCCUGUCCUAACAAACAAUGCCUUUGUUGUGUAUGAGUUUCCAUUCUCUGCCUGUGGCACUGCUUUUCAGAUGACUGCAGACCGGGCCAUAAAUGAGAAUGAGUUGGUGGCAAGCAGGGAAGUGAAGACUGGGAGCCUUGGCUCUGUCACUAGGGAUAGCACUUUCAGGUUAAAUGUCCAAUGUACUUAUUCCAUCAGUAGGAGCUCCAUUCCCUUGAGUGUUCAUGUCUUCACGUUGCCACCGCUCCCUGCUGUGUCCCAGCCAGGUCCUCUGUCUUUGGAGCUGCGUGUUGCCUCAGAUGGAAGCUGUACUUCCUACUAUAUGGACAGUGACUAUCCUGUUGUGAAGACUCUCAGAGACCCUGUUUAUGCAGAGGUUGAGAUCCUUCAGGGAACAGACCCAGACCUGAUUUUAGUUCUGCACCACUGCUGGGCCACCCCAAGCACCAACCCCCAGCAACAGCAGCAGUGGCCAAUUUUGGUGGAUGGGUGCCCUUAUGCAGGGGACAACUAUCAGACACAGCUGAUGCCUCCAGGUUUCUCCUCAGGACUACUGUUGCUCUCUCAUUACCAGCCUUUCACUCUCUACACAUUCACCUUUGUGGACUCUGCUUCCCAUGAGAAACUCUCUGGGCUGGUGUUCCUGCACUGCAGUGCUUCUGUGGGCCACCAGUCUGUAAAAAAGGAGUCCUGCAUUGUGACUUGUCCUUCCAGAGUCAGGGGUAAAAGGAGUGCUGAGCAUCCUUUUCAGGAAGGUACCUCCCAUGUCUCCAGCAAAGGCCUGAUUUUCCUCCAGCAUGAGCUAGGACAGGACACAGCCAAGGAUGGCCUUGGAGUGGCUGUGCAUGCUGCAGCCCCCAGGGCUCUGGGAUUUGCUGCUGUGGCAGCUGGAACAGCUCUGUGUGUGGUGUUCAUGGUUUCUGUGCUGUGGCAAAGGAAGGUGUCAGCCGUGCAUGGAAUCAAUGGAUUGCAAUAAAGUGACUGUCAAACCCAUUUGGUUGGUGGGACCCCUUCCCCUGGAGACCCUAGCUGUAAGACUUCAUUUGCAAGGCAAAAGCUACCCCAGUGGCUGUGCAAGCUUUCCAAAUGCUCUGAGUUCAUCUCACUCUGGAAUUCUUCUGCUCUGGGUUUGGUGUUACCUGUCUGCCACAGACAAAGUGGAGACCUUGGCUUCAGAGUGAGAGAGGACUGGUGCUGGGUGGUGUUGGCAUUUCUGUUAAUGAAUGUAGUGGCUUUCAAAAGUAGUGACCUAGGCUCCAUUCUAACAUUAAGCUGAAGUGCAGCACAGCUCACUCAAAGCAGAUCCUGCGACUGCAUCUCUAGAGGUGCAGAGCAGGUAUUUUGACUGCACUGAGGAGCUGGGCCUUGGCCGCUGGUCCCUAAGUCACUAGGUAUGGUAGGGCUGUUCUUAUGUUGCAGGACUGGAAAGCAAGGAUGCCAAAGCACUACACAAAUGGGCCUUGCUAAUGGUACUGUACAUGGACUUGCCUUUCUUGCCCUAGAAACAGAAAAGGCUAGGUGGCUUUUUUGAGGUGAACGAGAACAUGGAAACUUCAUAUCAACUGAAAAAACAAAAUAAAAGGUCUUAGGUGGUCUGAAAUUCAGGGGGAAAAAAUUUCUAACUUUACUUGGAGCUUACUUUUAAGCUUUAAUGUGAUAACAGGCAGGAGUCUUCAAAGCCUGGAUCAAAGCUAAUUUGACAUUCGUAUGCUGUUAACAUACAAGUGCUUUUCUUAAUUUUUAACUUGUUUCUUUUAGGUGAGAAAAAAAAGAUGCCAUUUUGAACAUCAGGAGUGGUUCAGUGUGGUGUUGUCAGUCCCAGCAGCUGGGCAGCAUCCCUCUUGGCUUUCUGAGGUCCUGGGUGAAACAGUACAACGAAGUCCUCCAGGCAGUGGAAGGGAAAUGGGGCUCCACCCCAUCCUUCCUGCCCAGCCUGGGGCAGCUCUGGUGCUUCCAUUACCCUGAGAUCUGCUUAUGGCUGAUGGGGUAGUCCUUGAGGGGAAGGAAAAAUUACGUUUCCCUUUUUUCCUCUAAGGCUUGAUUAGAAAUUCUUCCUGUUAAGGGCAGGAGAGCAGCCGUAAUUAUAUUGCUUUGGGGCCUUUAAAAGGGAGGAUUAGCACUUACACGUGGAAGCAAAGAACUUAUCAGUAACUUGCUUGAGGCAGUAGAUGUUGUUCUUUUUAAUUAGGUCCUGUUGUUCCUGUGUGAUUGGAGGGUAUUAAUGAGUGCUGGGAUCUGUGUUUUAAUUCCUUUCCUAUUCCAAGGAACUUCAGGAGCAAUCUUAUGUUUUUAUUUUUCUAGUAGAAAUGCUUUUCCCUGCUACUGUUUGGAUAACCAGUGAUCUUCAUCUUGCGUGCUUUCAAAAUCUAACCAGAUGAAAAGAUUGUUCCAGGUUGUAUGGUGGGAGGGAGAAAGAGAUCACAGACAGGAAAAAAACAUCAUCUGAAGAUAGGUCAAACAGCCUCUUACUUUGGAGCAGGCUUCUGGCAACUAAAUGACCUUGGUACAGGUGGAGCUCUCUCUGUGAAAGCUGAGUGUCAGCUCAUAACAAGUCUUUAGUAGCAGUCUGCAAUGUUAUUUAACUGGGCAAUUAGAGGAGUAAUAUAAACCGCACCUUCUCAGUACACCAGGCAGGGUGCUCUGGCAUUGGUCUUAAUUGUGUGUGUGUAAGCCAAGACCUAAACACCUCCUGUUUGCCCCUUCCUUUGCCUCAGUAAGGGGAACAGAAAUAAUUGCUUAGAGAGCUCAGAUGACUGUGUGGAUGCUGAAGGGGGUGUGAGACUCAAGUGUCUGCUGCCCUUUGUUGGAUUACUGAACCAUCCCAAAGUAGCAGGGAGCUCUGAGUGUGUAUCCUGUGGGAAUUGCAUUGAGUCCCCUACAUUGAGUUCCCUACAGGGACAGCCUUUUGGUGCAGAACUGUGUGUAGGAGACUGGUAUGAUGCUUUGUGUAGGGUAUGUGCAGUGCUAAGUGGAGGUGGGCGAGCAAAGGAAUAAACUUAAUUUUCUUAUCCCCUCUGGGGA